AAACUCGAUCCCCUCCCUCCCGAGCUCACAAGCACAAGCACACAGCGCAGCACAUUCCUUCCCCAGCUUUCCACGCGCCGCCGCCGCCACAGCGAGCCUGCUGCUGCUGCUGCUAGCUUGCCUCGCCGCCAGGGUCCCGUUGGCCGCCAUGGACCCGCGCUACCAGCUGCCGACGCCGGUGCCGUCAUCCGGCGUCGGCGGCGGAGCGAGGGGGCAUCACCGGCGGGCCCACUCGGAGACGUUCCUGCGCUUCCCGGACGCGGAACUCCUGCUCGACCCGGACGGGGACUUCUCCUUCUCCGACCUCGACUUCCCCUCCCUCUCCGACGACUCCCCGGCGGCCUCCGACCCGACCCCGCCUCCCCCGCCGCCGCUCGCCUCCUCCGGGGCUCCUGCGGCUGCCCCUCGACCUCCCGGAGGGGCGCACCACAACAGGAGCCUCUCCCUCGACGCCGCCUUCUUCGAGGGCCUCGCCAUACAAGGGGGAGGCGGGCAUAAGAGGAGCGGGUCCAUGGAUGGAGUCAACUCGCCGUUUGAAGGCGAGUCGGCGCUCUCGGGCGGGCUGCCUGACUACGCUAAGAAGGCCAUGCCUGCCGAGAGGAUCGCCGAGCUCGCGCUCCUCGAUCCCAAACGCGCAAAGAGGAUUUUGGCGAACCGGCAGUCAGCGGCGAGAUCAAAGGAGAGGAAAAUCAAGUAUACUGGUGAGCUGGAGAGGAAGGUCCAGACACUGCAGACCGAGGCCACUACGCUGUCAGCACAGCUUACGCUUCUACAGAGGGAUACAUCUGGUUUAACUGCUGAGAAUAGAGAGCUCAAACUCCGGUUGCAGUCCAUGGAAGAGCAAGCUAAACUACGUGAUGCUCUGAAUGACGCCCUGCGAGAAGAAGUCCAGCGACUUAAGAUAGCUGCAGGUCAAGCUUCAAACAUGAACGGAAAUCCCUUCAACAGCGGAAUGCAGCAGAUUCCUUCCUAUUUCUCUCAACAGCAGCAGCAGCAGCAGCAUCAGCAACAGCAACAGAUGGCUUACUUAGGUGGGCACCAAGCUCAGAAUCGCCAUCCAAAUCAUCACCAGAGCCCAUCGAAUGGUGGCCAGUCGCUGAGUGGUCAGUCCCUAAAUGACUCCAUGGAUUUCAUUUGAAGAGGAACCCAGGCCACCCCUAUUAAAACCAUACACCAACUGCAGCUCAGCAUUGUAAAGAUAGCUAAUGUACAAUCAAUGUAUGCAUAUGAAUCAUUGGUAGGGUAGUUAGCUGUUCUUUGUAUCAUUAAUCAGAGAGCAUUCUCUUGUAUAACAUAAUCUCUCUUUCCCCCUUCUCUGUUGGUUUCUGGAGAGAUAUUAACUUAUGCUUAACAUUUUAGUACCUGUCAGUGUUCACCUUGUAAGGUGCCUUUUUGUGAAUGCCAAGGUUUCUUUCUGCCAA